AUGAGCUCGACAUCCGCCUCGAACGACCCGUCAGUAUUCACUGGAAAUGAUGUAACGACAGACGAGUCUUCCGUGGACAAGGACCUCGUGGGGUUAGAGGAAGUUCAGCAUAAAAAGCCGGGAAAUGAGUUAGUGGGCAUAGUUUGUCCACCCCUAACUAGCCCGCCAUCAGCUUAUGAAGGCCAUCCGUCGCCAUACCCCAUAUGCAAGGAAUGGCAUGCUGUGAAUACCCUGUUCCUUGCGCACGAUAGCGCUCGGAAAGAAUAUGGCGGCUCAGAGUUCGUCAGCUUCGUUCUGGAUGAUUAUACAAUCUACAGCCGCACGGGCGGGAAUGGACGCCGGGCUGGUAUGGUGCCACUUAACGACGUUGCCAACAAGGAGGGCGGUACGAUUUUCUUCUUCGACGGCAUAAUCAGGCCUGAGGGAGAGGUAGAUUCUACCGUUGGCCAUUUCUACCUAAAGCAGAUUUCAUUCAGUAGAGUCUCUCUUGGUGGCUAUGAGGAUCCCGACCUGCAUACCGUGGGAGAGGAUAUCUGGAUACAAUCCACACACUGUCAACAGAAGGGUAUAUGGUACCGUCUGGGGGAGCCUUCAUUAGCUUAUGAGCCAUAUCACUGUUUCUUUACCUGGUUAGCUGACCUGGCUAAGCAUUUCGUCGAUUAUCUCCACGCAGACGAAAAGCGAGACGUCACCCUUAACCACUUCAAGGAAGAUUUUCACGAUUGGCUACUAGGCUGUCACAAUGAGAAGCCAGAGUUUAUCUCAUGGCUAGGAAAAUAUGGUUCCCGGGAUUUUCGACAUGCUGUGAAUGCGCAUGGCAAGUUUCUGCGAGGGCAGUCGUUUACUAUUGAUUUUUCUUCGUACAGUCACCAUACCCUCUGGGACGAACUUGGACUUUCGGAAACACCGGUUAUUACAGAGCAGCCUACAGUAGUGAAGAACACUGUCGUCACUCCAUUCGUUCACAACUGUUUUAAGAAUAUGCCCUGGUCCAACCAUCUCCAGAAAGUUCAAUUUGCCCCUGAAGUCGAACGCCAACACAAGGAGAUGGUGAGGCGGCAGACUAACAGCGCACUCCUUGGGACUAAAAGAAGAACUAGCGUGACUGGGGAUAUUGCCAUUGGUGAUGUUGUUACUUUAAAAAAGGAUGACGAGUCCAUCUGGAAAGGAGAGGAAGAGUACUGGUAUGCUCUCGUCCAAGGGUUUGGUCCCGGUAAGCAUCGUGAUCUUCGGUUGCUUUGGCUGUACCGCCCAACUGAUACUGUUUGCUCCAAUAUGACGUACCCGCAUAGCAAUGAGCUAUUCUUGAGCGAUCAUUGCAAUUGUAAGGAAGGCGAAAUAUUGGCCAAGGACGUGGUCAAAAAGGUUGCGGUUGACUUUUUCUCUUUUGAUGAAGACCGAGAUGGCUCAACGCUAUUCGUACGGCAGACUUACCAGACGAAAGACGAAACUUUUAGAACUUUGAGUGACAGUGAUUUUACCUGUCAUUGUAGGGCUCCUAAAGAGCCUACGCAAAAUUUCAAAGUUGGUGAUACUGUGCUGGCACAGUUCUCAAACAAACUAAAACCUGCUGAGAUUAUCAGCAUAGGGGCAGAGGAAGCUGUUCUACGAGUUUUCAUAUACCAUCGAGACCUUGGGGAGAAAAACUGUCGUCCCAAUGAAUUGGUUCACUGUGACGAUUAUCAUUCCGUUCCAAUACGCCGCAUUAAAAGGCAUUGUCACAUCCGCGUUUUCAAACCCGUUCAAAUAUCUAAUAUUCCAUGUCCUUAUAAUAGAGACGGGACAGGAGAUGCGUUCUAUAUCAUCUAUCGAAAGGAUGAAGAGAAUUUGGUCCCUUUGAAUUUUCCUCCGAAUCUCAGGGAAGGGUUCGACCCUUCCAACCCUGCUUUGCCUAAGCUAAAGGCUCUAAAUCUAUUCAGCGGUGGAGGGACAUUCGACCGAGGUCUCGAAGAAGGAACGGCGAUCGAAAGCAAAUGGGCUGUGGAAUGGGGCCUUCAGCAGAUGCUAACCUACAGGGCGAAUCACCCUGACGGUAAAGGAUUGAACUUAUUUUGCGGGUCCGUCAACGAUUACUUGUCCCAGGCCUUCAGAGGGGAAGAACACGAGUAUAUUGCUGGAAUAGGAGACGUUCAUUUCAUUUCAGCAGGCAGUCCCUGUCAGGGCUACUCGACCGCUAACGCCCAUAGACAUAAUGAGAUGUCAAUGCGAAACUCAUCGAUGAUUACAUCCGUCGCAAGCUAUGUCGACUUUUACCGGCCCCAAUAUGCGAUACUCGAAAAUGUGACCGGAAUGGCUAGCCGGACGCAUGAACAGAAUCCCCUUUCCCAGCUUUUAUGUGCCUUUGUCGGCAUGGGCUAUCAGGCUCGUGUUUUCAACCUAGACGCAUGGAACUUUGGUGCUCCCCAGAGCAGAUCUAGGCUUUUUAUUGCGGUCACUGCUCCGGGUCUUCACAUCAUAGAACAUCCUCCUUUAACUCACUCGCAUCCGCCUGGAACUAAAUCGCGUACCCUUGGUGAUAACCCGAAUGGCUCAACUUUUGGAGAAAGGCGCUGGGAUACUCCUGUUUUCGACUUUAUAUCCGCAAGCUCAGCUACAAGGGACCUACCUCCUAUAAACACUGCACGAAUAAUGUCUAUAACCUGGCCAGACCACCGUCCUUCUCGAAUUGAGUCUGAAGGAAGGCAGGCAUUAAUACAGAGCAUUCCCAAGCGUCCUCGGAGCCAAGGGUUAAUAGAAGCCAUAGCAAGAGGUUGGGCUGAUCCUGCUGACCAUCCUGAACGGAUAAAACGUGGAAACUGCAAAGCCUGGUCCCGAGUCCACCCUAAAAAACUAUUUCCAACAGUUACAACCUCGGUCUGUCCUUUCUGUAUAUUUACAGGCCGUUGGCUUCACUGGCAGGAAAAUCGCUUGGUAACAGUUCAGGAGGUGAGGCGUGCACAGGGAUACCCGGACAACGAAGUACUUAUAGGUAGCCCUGUUCACCAAUGGAAAAUCGUCGGAAAUAGUGUAGCAAGACAGGUCGCCCUUGCACUUGGCCUUGCAGUCCGAGAGGCAUGCAUCCGCAAUCAAUAUGGACGUUCUGCUCGAAUUUUAGCCGCAAAUACUGCCCCCUUGUCAGAAGAACCAAAGAGCCAAUUGCUUUUAACCGCCACAACUCCUACGCAGCUACCCGCCAAGCGACGUAUUAACAUUGCCAUCGAGGCGUCCUUGUCAUAUAAAACAGAGGAGAAGUUCACAAAACGGCAGAAGAUGCUUUUAUGUGAUAUGUCACCUUGA